AGGCCUCUUUAUUGCAGAGUUUCGCAACACUAAACAAUUAAGCAAAGCAACAGAUCAAAUACCCCUUUUUUUGCAGUGUACAACAAAUUAAACAACGCAGCAGAGAGCCGUGUUUUAGUUAUUUCUUAAAAGUGUUUCGUGAUCUGGAAUCGUUGUUGUGUCCAAACAGGUGCCACAGGUGCAAGUGAAAGCCAGUUGCAAGCGAGAAAACCAUCAGAAUGCCGCCCGUGCAAGUCCAGGCAGUCAACAUGUCGCUGGGUGCAAUGCAUUGCACGCGGUGCGCCGACGGAUUCGAGCCCACCGAGAAGAUUGUCAACUCCAAUGGAGAACUCUGGCACACUCAGUGCUUUGUCUGUGCCCAGUGCUUCCGGCCCUUCCAGGAUGGCAUCUUCUACGAGUUUGAGGGCCGCAAGUACUGCGAACGCGACUUCCACGUCCUCUUCGCUCCGUGCUGCAACAAGUGCGGAGAGUUCGUCAUCGGGCGAGUCAUUAAGGCGAUGUCCGCCAGCUGGCAUCCACAGUGCUUCCGCUGCCAGCUGUGCGCCAAAGAGCUGGCCGACUGUGGGUUCAUCAAGAACCAGAACCGCGCCCUGUGCCACGAGUGCAAUGCCAAGGUGAAGGCAGAGAUUACGGGCCGCUAUGUAUGCCAAAAAUGCCACGGCCUCAUCGACGAGGAACCCCUGCGAUUCCGAGGUGAAGUCUACCAUGGCUAUCACUUCAGUUGCACGGCCUGCGGCACUGAGCUGGACUCCACGGCCAGGGAAGUGAAGAGUCGCCCCGGCUUGGCUGCCAACGAUAUGAACGAACUCUACUGCCUGCGCUGCCACGAUAAAAUGGGCAUUCCCAUCUGCGGCGCCUGUCGUCGCCCCAUUGAGGAGCGCGUGGUUACGGCGCUGGGCAAGCACUGGCAUGUGGAGCACUUUGUGUGUGCCAAGUGCGAGAAGCCUUUCCUGGGCCACCGGCACUACGAGAAGCGAGGCUUGGCCUACUGCGAGACGCACUACCAUCAGCUGUUCGGCAAUCUUUGCUUCGUCUGCAACCAGGUCAUUGGUGGCGAUGUUUUCACGGCUCUGAACAAGGCCUGGUGCGUGCACCACUUUGCCUGUUCCGUCUGCGACACGAAGAUGACCCAGAAGUCCAAGUUCUACGAGUACGAUGAGAAGCCGGUGUGCAAGAAGUGCUACGAACGUUUCCCCAACGAGCUGCGGCGCCGCCUGCGCACCGCCCACGAGAUGACCAUGAAGAAGAACCCAUAAGAAUCUGGAUCGAGUCCACACCAAACACAGUGCCUUUGCCAACCAAUUUUAACAUUCGAGAACUAAACCCAACUUUGUGCAUGUUGUAACUUAUUGUUGUGCGUAACUUUCUAAUUUAAAAGCCAAGCGUCGAUGGCAGCUCAGAGCUAGAAACGGAUUUUGAUUGUGUAUUAACAGCCAUUAAUGUUGUUAUUUAAUUGAAUUUUAUUUAUACGUAUAAAACGGUUUGAAAAUCAA